CCGCUCAGGGGUCAUAUCGAACAUGUUCGUCUGACGUCCGUCUUCAACAGUAGCAUCACCCACCGUUCAUCCUUUCACGAAGUCUCACCUAUACGAGACCUCUCCAGCUCCAUGAAAGCGCCAUGACAUCCUUACAGCGACUUCCAGGCCCUCAUAUGUACACCAUCGGGUGGAUCACCGCUCUUGACAAGGAGCUUACCGCAGCAGAGGCUGUGCUCGACGAAGAGCACCAGAAGCCGGAAAACUUCAGAAAGCACCCGAAAGACACAAACACCUAUGUCUGGGGUCGGAUUGGAGACCACAAUGUGGUCAUCGCCUCGCUAGCCGCCGGCAAGUACGGCACUGUGUCCGCAGCGACGACCGCGUGGAGCAUGAUCAGCUCUCUUCCACAUCUUCGGUUCGGCCUUAUGGUCGGCAUCGGCGCCGGCAUUCCCAAGCUGGCAGACAACACCGAUAUCCGUCUCGGCGAUGUUGUCGUCAGCCAGCCGACCGGUACAAGCCCGGGAGUUGUACAGUACGAUGUAGGGAAGCUGGAAAACGACGGCCAGUUCAGACGUGUCGGUUCUCUCGCCCCUCCGCCCGAGGUCCUUCUGAAAGGAUUAGCAGCAGUGAAGGCCAAAAGAAGACUCAAAGGACCCCAGAUACGCAGCAUUUUGGACGAUAUGCUCCAGCGACAUCCGCUCUUAGCAGAGGCAGAACCUGAUGACGCUGCGUACGUUCACCAAGGGGCACACAACGACCGGCUAUUUGAAGCAUCCUCUAUACACGUCCAGCGCCCAAAUCGACAAAUCACAGUGCCUUCGACAAGAGCCGUUCCGCAUGAUAUCAGUAGGAUCUAUUUUCAGUUAGCGCUUGCCUGGAUUUGGUCGUUCUUCUGGCUUGUCUAUGACUCUGUGGGAACGCUUGCCGGUACGAAUGUUGCCACGACGAGCCAGCCAUCCGACGACACAGGUUCUCCAGAGUUCAGCCGGACAAGAGCUUGUGCGCAUUGCGACCCUUGGAAAGAAAUAGAACGACCAGAGCGCCGGUCUACGGAUCCGGUAGUUCACUACGGCGUCAUUGCUUCCGGCAACUCUGUCAUAAAGGACGGCAUUUCCCGGGACGAAAUCGCACAGCGACUUGGAGACAAGUGCAUCUGCUUCGAGAUGGAGGCAGCCGGUCUGAUGGACAACUUCCCUUGCCUCGUAAUCAGAGGGAUCUGUGACUAUGCGGACACUCAUAAGAACGAUCGUUGGCAGAACUACUCCGCAGCAACAGCCGCCGCAUUUGCAAAGGAAUUGCUGCAAGUUAUCGACAGCGAGGAUGUGGAGAGCGCCUCGAGAAUCGAUGAGAUCUUGGGAAAGCUGUGUGAAGAUGUGUCUCAAAUCCACUCAACCACGAACCACAUGCAACAAAGCCUCCAUUUCGGGGAAGUCAUGAAGUGGCUCGUUCCGCCGGAUCCAUCAACAAAUAACAACAAGGCCUUGCAGCAGCGUCAUGAAGGCACAGGUCAGUGGUUCCUCGAAAGCGAUGAAUACUUCAAGUGGAAAACAACGCCAAAGUCCUCUUUAUGGCUCCACGGCAUUCCGGGCUGCGGAAAAACAAUCCUCAGUUCGACUGUUAUCAAGGACCUUAGCAACACCAAAUCUUACUCUCAGCGUCUCCUCUACUUUUACUUCGACUUCACCGACACUAGCAAGCAAUCUCUCGAGAAAGCGAUUCGGUCGCUGAUUGCUCAGCUUUACCGCAAAAGUCACGACGUCCAGACGCAUCUGGACUCACUUUACUCCUCUUGCAAAAGUAAUUCACAACAGCCGAGUAUUGACUUGCUGAGAUCGACCUUCGAAGGCAUGGCUCAGCAGAUCGGCGAAGUAUGGAUCGUCCUGGAUGCACUCGAUGAAUGCCAGGCGAGAACAGGCCUGAGAAACGAAGGAUUGUUACACUGGAUUGAGAGUGUUCUAAACUCAUCGCAAGUAAAUGCGCACCUUCUUAUCACGAGUCGCCCUGAACAUGAUAUUAAAUCAGCAUUGGAAAGAUAUGUCGAUGAUCAGAUCAUUCUCCAGAGCGACCUUGUCGCGGAAGACAUACGUGCGUAUGUCCAUGGAACAGUGAGACAACACGAAGGAUUUAAGAGGUGGCGAACACGGGAAGAAAUUCAAAAUGAGAUCGAAAGCCACCUGAUAGAGAAAGCUAACGGAAUGUUUCGCUGGGUUUCGUGCCAACUCGACGCCCUCGAAAAAUGCCCCGAUCCCCUCAGUCUUCGACAAACGCUGCAAUCAUUACCAAGGACAUUAGACGAGACUUACGCGCGAGUUCUGAGCAGAAUUCCGCCUGAAUUCGAACAGAAUGCCAAACGACUACUACAAUUUCUUGCUUAUUCCGAACGACCGCUACGAAUUGAAGAAGCUGUUGACGUCAUUACCGUGGCCAUCGAAAACAAGCCCAGGUUUGACACAAAGAACAGAAUGCCACAACCAGACGAAUUAUCUAUCUACUGUUCAAGCUUAGUGGCUGUUGUCACUCGAGGCGGUAGCAACGGAGGUAAUGAGGGCAGAGAGCUACAGCUUGCGCAUUUCUCAGUGAAGGAAUACCUAACGUCCGACCGACUAGAGCGAAACAUAUCUGAAGCCUUCAGCGAGUCACUAGCCAGGGCCGAUAUUACAGAAGUCUGUCUUGCGUACCUGUUGGAGCUAGACCACAGCAUUUCGCUGCUGGAAGUCAGAGAGUCAUACCCUUUUGCGCAGUAUGCUGCACGGUACUGGAUGAACCACGCUACCCAAGCCGAUACCAGCAGAGUCGUUCGGCUCAUUAACCUAACUACCCCACAUCCGAGCCACCCAAAAAUGCCCUAUUUCUCCUCCUUUAUUAAUAUUACUACUUUUUCAGACUAUUAAAACAAUUGCAGUUUUUUACUAAACAACGCCAUUUCUUUAGAAUACCUUCUUUUUUAUAUAAUAAAGCAAUAUACUAAAGAUCAACUCUAACAGGCCCUUGCAGAUGUAGCAGAUAGGCGCCCUAUUUGCUAGGCUGCUUGCAUAUAGGGCAUACUAUACUAGUUACUUUAACAUUAAUUUUAUAGUAAGUAAAGCAGAAAUACAGCCUAGACUAAUUACUAGCAAUUAUCUUAGGCCUAAGAGAGCAGCCUAGCUGCUUAUAUAACUACUUAAGAAUCCCUUAGCUGUUCCCUUACCUAUUAAUAAGUAAAGGGUUUAGUAGAGCGUCUGCUAGGCACCUAACAGCCUCUAGGAAAGAGGUAGAUACAUUAAUUUAAGCAGAGAAAUCUAUCUAUUAUCACAAAGAGACCUAAGGCUAUAGACUCUAGGCAAUAUAAGGCACACUCUACUAACGUUAUUCAGGCCUAGUUCCAACGCCUAGAUAACAUCCCUGCUAUUUAGGGCAUCUAUCUAUCUAAUAGAUAGAAUAUAGAUAAGACUGGCAUUAUAGAGGGUAGGGGAAGCAAUAGGUUAGUGCUAGGAUCUGCAGCAUCAC